AUGUCGAAGAUAAACGAUAAAACCGACCAGAUUGAAGGCAGCCAUGUUGCGAAGGACCAAGAAAAGUCUAUACCGUUUGUAAGCGAUCAAUACGACUCCUCGUCUCGUUCAAAAACAGUACAAAUACGGAACUUAAAUAUAUAAAAUCGCAGGUCGAAAUCAUAUCCACAAAAUGUGAUAAAAUUGCGAAAGCCGUUGACCAGCUGGAAGAUUACAGUUAUCAGUAUAAUUUAAAAAUUGUUGGUAUACCGCAAGAGCAAGCAACUGAAACGGAGGAGCAGACGGUAAAUUUAUGUCUUAAUUUGUUUAAAACCAUUGGUGCUGAUGAUGUGAUAUCUACAGACCGUCCUAACGCAAUAAUCUGCAAGUUUGUUCGCCCCCUGGCAAGAGAAAAGUAA